AUGAAAUCCCUUCCCAGUCUCUUGCUGGCUGGAGUGGCCUCCGCUGCUAUCGCUCCUCAGCAGCAGCCACUCCAGUUUCCCAAAUCCUUCCCGACCGAAGCCAAAAACGUCCUUGGUAACGAACUCAACCAUCUCAGGGAUGCCCUUCGAGGUCUUACCGAGGAAGCCGCAGAUAUCUGGGACGAGGUCGCUGCCCUCUACCCUGAGGAUAUGAGCCGCGCUAGCUUCUUCUCCAUGCCUAAGAAGCACACCCGCCGACCGGAUCAUGAGUGGGACCACAUAGUUCGUGGAGCUGAUGUCCAAAGUGUUUGGGUCGAAAAUGCCGAUGGCGAGCAAGAGCGUCAUCUCGAUGGCAAGCUUGAUACGUACGACCUACGAGUCAAGAAGGUCGACCCCAGUGCAUUGGGCGUCGAUCCCAACGUCAAACAGUAUUCGGGAUAUUUGGAUGACAAUGAAAACGACAAGCACCUGUUUUACUGGUUCUUCGAGUCAAGAAAUGACCCGGAGAAUGACCCUGUCGUCUUGUGGCUCAACGGCGGCCCGGGCUGCUCUUCCUUGACCGGUCUCUUCCUCGAACUUGGACCCUCGCGCAUCAACGAGAAACUUCAAUUGGUUCCGAACCCGUACUCCUGGAAUGACAACGCCAGCGUCAUCUUCUUGGACCAGCCUGUCAAUGUUGGCUAUUCCUACUCCAGCUCCUCUGUCUCAAACACCGUGGCUGCUGGUAAGGAUGUGUAUGCGCUGCUGACUCUCUUCUUCGAGCAAUUCCCCGAGUAUGCUAAGCAGGAAUUCCACAUUGCUGGGGAAUCGUAUGCCGGACACUACAUUCCUGUCUUCGCAUCAGAAAUCCUGUCACACAAGAAAACCAAUAUCAAGCUAACCUCGGUCCUGAUCGGCAACGGUCUGACAGAUGGAUACACCCAGUACGAAUACUAUCGACCAAUGGCCUGCGGUGACGGCGGGUGGCCCGCUGUGCUUGACCCCCAGUCCUGCCAGGCGAUGGACAAUGCCCUUCCUCGCUGCCAAUCGCUAAUCCAGAACUGCUAUGACAGCGAGAGUGUGUGGUCAUGUGUCCCGGCUAGCAUCUACUGCAACAACGCAUUGCUUGCACCAUAUCAACGAACGGGGCAAAAUGUUUACGAUGUGCGCGGCAAGUGCAAGGAUAGCAGCAACCUAUGCUACCCCGAACUCGGCUGGAUUAGUAAAUGGCUCAAUGACAAGUCGGUGAUGAAGGCUCUUGGUGUGGAGGUUGAUGGCUACGAUUCCUGCAACUUCGACAUCAACCGCAACUUCUUGUUUCAGGGCGACUGGAUGCAACCUUUCCACCGACUGGUGCCAGGCAUCAUUGAGAAAAUGCCAGUGCUGAUCUAUGCGGGGGAUGCCGACUUCAUUUGCAACUGGCUCGGUAACAAAGCCUGGGCUGAGGCGCUUGAGUAUGCCGACCACGAGAAGUUUGCUGCGGCCGACAUGAAGGAUCUCCGCUUGGAUGCAAGCAAGGACGGCCGCAAGAUUGGAGAAGUCAAGUCGCAUGGCAACUUUACCUUUAUGAGAAUUCAUGCGGGUGGUCAUAUGGUUCCUCUGGAUCAGCCAGAAGCCAGCCUGGAGUUUUUCAAUCGAUGGCUGGCGAAGGAAUGGUUCUAG